AUGUUACCUAAGUACCAUCAACAAUUCCAUCAUCAACAAUUGUUUCAAAGUCCAGUCAGCACUUCCUCCAUCGAAGCCAGUUUAGCGUCCGUCGUCAACUACAGUUCUUCAGGCUCACCGAGCGGUUCUUCUCCUCAACAUUCAAAUAGUAGCGCUUCGUCGACUUCACCCGCCUCCAGAAUGUACCCUUACGUAUCAGCAGCGACGGCAGCAGCCCAUCACCACCAUCAGCAACAAGCGGUGGCCGCAGCAGCCUUCGGAGCCGCUGCCGCUUCGGGAAGCAUGGUUCCCGGCGGAUUCCCUUCAAGUGCAAGCACCGCCGCUUUGGCAGCGGCCGCAGCAGUCGAUGCUGCCGCCGACAAAUCCUGCAGAUACACAGCCGGCUUAGCUGGCAAUGUCGGCCCUACAGAUUCCAUGGUAAAUUACACAUUGGGCCACCACCAUCAAAACGGGGCUGCAGUUUCGGCGGCUAGUUCUGUUAGUGCAGCAUCCGCCUCCAUGGCAGUGGCGGCACAAUUCUACCAUCAGGCAGCUUCUGCAGUUGUAGAUCCAUUGACUUCUUGUUCACAGACCACCGCUCCCGGCGGGCAGCCCAUUCCAGAUAUUCCCAGAUAUCCUUGGAUGUCAAUCACAGCUAUCAACAACUUUUGUUUUUCCAUUCCAUAA